AUGGCGGAAGCGGGUUUUAUAGAGACACUACUAAUAUUUGAAUGGAGAUGGAUUGUUUUAAUUGUAUUUGUUUUUCUGUUAAGGCUUGGGUUGAAUCUUGAAAUGAUACCAAUCUUUGAUUUUCGGCACUACUUCAAAGGCGCGCAGUUCAAGCAACGUGUCUCGGCAAAAAAUCUUAUAGCUGUGGUUACUGGAUGUAAUUGCGGUAUAGGGAAGCAGAUUGUCCGAGAGUUGAAUCUACGUGGUGCUAAAGUGUACAUGCUAUGCAGAAGCAAAGAUCGAGGAUCAGAAGCAUUAGUUGAACUUGUUAAGCUGGGAUGUAACUCAGAAAGGCUAAUACUAAAAGUUGUUGAUUUAUCCAAAUUUGCCACUAUUCGAGCUGCAGUAUCAGAAAUUGAAAAAGAGGUCAAUCAUAUUGAUAUUCUUGUCAACAAUGCUGGAGUAAUGAUGUAUCCUAAGUUCAGGCUGACAGACGAUGGACAUGAGUAUGUUUGGCAAACAAACUACCUAGGCCAUUUUUUGCUCACUGAACUACUUUUUAACCUUCUGAAAUCUUCUCCAUCAGCUCGUAUCGUUAAUGUUUCUGCUAUGGCGCAUUAUUACUCCGAUCCUCUUGACCUUGAAAAAAUUGAUGGCCGUGAGGAUUGGGAUCCUCGACAAUCGUAUGCGAAGUCUAAGUUAGCUAUGAUAAUGCAUGCUUCGGAGUUGACAAAACAUUUUAGAGUCACCGAAGCAUCAAAUAUAACCAUCAACUCUUGCCAUCCGGGAUUGUGCAAUACCCACUUAAUGCGCCAUACUCCUCUGGUUAAAAAACCAUUAAAUUUUAUCACGGCUCCUUUCAGGUGGUUUCUCUUGAAAACUCCGAAGGAUGGUGCACAAACUCCUUUGUAUCUUGCCUUAUCGAAAGGUGUUUCUGGAGUUUCGGGCAUUUUUUUGCUGCUUAAUAGCUCAUGUUUUAUUCUUGCUCACUUCCUAUCUUGUCUCUGA